UCUUAUUUCGGUCGCUUAUAUAUUCGUAGCUGUAUUAUUACUCUCCGACUAAAUCGAUCAAUUUCAUAGUAUAUCUAUCGAUGAGAGAGAAAAUGAUGAGACCAAAUCGUCGUCAUUUAAUCCUCAUAUCGAUUCUUCUUCUGUUGAGUUCGAUAUUGACUAUCAAAGCUGAAGUAAUAACCCUAACACCUGAUACUUUCAACGACAAGGUGAACGAGAAAGAUACUGCAUGGUUUGUGAAAUUUUGUGUUCCAUGGUGCAAGCAUUGCAAGAACCUGGGGUCAUUGUGGGAAGACCUAGGGAUGGCAAUGGAAGGGGAGGAUGAGAUAGAGAUUGGACAGGUUGAUUGUGCUACAAGUAAACCAGUUUGUUCCAAAGUUGAUAUUCAUUCAUAUCCUACAUUCAAGCUCUUUUAUAAUGGAGAAGAAGUUACUAAAUAUCAAGGGCCCAGGGACGUAGAGUCUCUCAAAACAUUUGUUUUGGAAGAAGCAGAGAAGGCAGCAGAAAAAGCACAGCUGGACAGUGAAAAAGAUUUGUGACUGCCUGUCAGUUUUGAUACUUGUAGAGUUGCAGAAGGAUCAUCAGCCAUUAACAAAAGCAGGAAGAUGAAGCAGAAAUGGCCAUUUUCUGUCAAUCAUUGAUUAGGAAGCCAGAGCAGAUUUUUUGAGGAUGUUCCUUGUGAUUGGUUCGAUUGAACAUUCAAAUGCUACUUAAAACAGAAUUCAGCUAGUGGGGGAGAAAUUGUAAUGUAAUAUUUUUUUUUUUUUUUUUGUUAGUUGAGAAUUUGUGUAUCAAAAUAUAGUAUUCAGCAAGAGCAUUAUUCAACCUUUCAUUGAACAAUGAGGAAACAUGUUUUAACAUUCUGCACUAAGCUAUACUUACAAAAAAAAUUCAGGAAUAUUAUUAGUGCUUACCAAUAUCAUUUAUGGUAGGAUUGGGAUCUUUUGAGUUUUUGA